UAGUGUAUACAUACAGAUUCACUUUUAUUUUUCUCUCUUAACUGUCUUCACGCAGUUUCAUCACCUUCAUUCAAUCUCUCGCUGCUUCCAUUUUUCUCAACCUUUCUCUUUUUCUCGUCGGAAAAUGGUUUAUACGAUCCCAGGGAUUCGGUUCCCUGCAGUUCCGCCAAUCUGCAAGUGCUCUGGCUCCACCGUUAAUGGCGACAGGAGGACGCCGAUGUCUCUCUUCCUGCGGAAGGACUCGUCUGCCAGGAAGAUUGUUGUAAGCAAGUCUACUCAUGAUUCUGGUUCCGUAUUGUCGACUGCAAAUGCUGCUUCUGACAAGGUCCUGGUUCCUGGGACUGGAAGCAAUAGAUCUUCGACUUUGGCCGGGCUGUCUGAAACUUCUGACCCUGCCUCCGAGGACACUCAGGUGCUUCAUGAUGUAGAUAAUCAGACUAUGGAAGCUGAUGAGAAGCUUAUUGAAGAAACAGAUCAAGAUCAUCAAUCAUUGCCAGUAGAUAAUGUUGAUGGUGAUCAAGCACCGCUGGAGGAGAUAUCAAUUCCUUCAAAAAGUAACAACGCUGAUUUCACUGUGAGGUCCAUUCCUCCACCUGGCGGUGGACAGAGAAUCUACGAAAUAGAUCCAUAUUUGUUGAAUCACAGAGAACAUCUUGAUUACCGAUAUGGACAGUACAGAAGGAUGAGGGAGGCUAUUGACCAAAAUGAAGGUGGUUUAGAGGCAUUCUCUCGUGGAUAUGAAAAGCUCGGUUUCACACGCAGUGCCACGGGUAUCACGUACAGGGAAUGGGCACCAGGAGCCAUGUCAGCUGCGUUGAUUGGAGACUUCAACAAUUGGAAUCCUACUGCAGAUAUUAUGACCCGGAAUGAGUUUGGUGUCUGGGAAAUUUUUUUGCCUAAUAAUGCGGACGGUUCCUCAUCCAUUCCUCAUGGUUCUCGCGUGAAGAUUCGAAUGGAUACUCCUUCUGGCAUCAAAGACUCAAUUCCUGCUUGGAUCAAGUUUUCUGUACAGCCUCCGGGUGAAAUACCUUACAAUGGUAUAUAUUAUGAUCCACCAGAAGAGGAAAAGUAUGUAUUUCAACAUCCUCGGCCAAAAAAGCCAAAAUCACUUAGAAUUUAUGAGAGCCAUGUUGGUAUGAGUAGUACGGAACCUAUUAUAAAUACGUAUGCAAACUUUCGAGAUGAUGUCCUUCCUCGCAUUAAGAAACUUGGAUACAAUGCUGUUCAGAUCAUGGCUAUACAAGAGCAUUCUUACUAUGCUAGUUUUGGGUACCAUGUCACCAACUUUUUUGCUCCAAGCAGUCGCUGUGGAACCCCUGAAGAACUGAAAUCUUUGAUAGAUAAAGCUCAUGAGCUCGGCCUGCUUGUUCUCAUGGAUAUUGUUCAUAGUCAUGCGUCUAAGAAUGUGUUGGAUGGACUGAACUCGUUUGAUGGUACUGAUGGCCAUUACUUUCAUUCUGGAUCACGAGGUUAUCAUUGGAUGUGGGAUUCUCGUCUUUUUAAUUAUGGAAGCUGGGAAGUACUAAGGUUUCUACUAUCAAAUGCAAGAUGGUGGCUGGAAGAAUACAAGUUUGACGGGUUCAGAUUUGAUGGUGUGACCUCAAUGAUGUACGCUCAUCAUGGCUUGGAGACAGUGUUCACUGGAAACUACAAUGAGUACUUUGGAUUUGCUACAGAUGUUGAUGCUGUUGUGUAUUUGAUGCUGGUGAAUGAUAUGAUUCAUGGGCUUUAUCCUGAGGCUGUUUCAAUUGGUGAAGAUGUCAGUGGAAUGCCUGCCUUUUGCAUUCCUAUCCAAGACGGUGGAAUUGGAUUUGAUUACCGUCUGCACAUGGCCAUUGCUGAUAAAUGGAUCGAGCUUCUCAAGAAAAGCGAUGAAGAUUGGAAAAUGGGUGAUAUUGUUCACACGCUUGUUAACAGAAGGUGGUCAGAGAAGUGCGUUGCAUAUGCUGAAAGUCAUGACCAAGCUCUCGUCGGUGAUAAAACACUUGCAUUCUGGUUGAUGGACAAGGACAUGUAUCACUCCAUGGCUUUGGACAGUCCAUCCACUCCUGCAAUUGAUCGUGGAGUACCACUGCAUAAAAUGAUAAGGCUUAUUACCAUGGGAUUGGGAGGAGAAGGAUACCUAAAUUUCAUGGGGAAUGAAUUUGGACAUCCUGAGUGGAUUGAUUUUCCAAGGGGCGAUCAGCAUCUUCCUGGUGGUGCACUAGUUCCUGGAAACAACUUCAGUUAUGAUAAAUGUCGGCGUAGAUUUGAUUUGGGAGAUGCAAAGAAUUUAAGAUAUCGCGGUAUGAAAGAAUUUGAUCGGGCAAUGCAGCAUCUUGAAGAAUCAUUUGGUUUCAUGACAUCUGGACACCAAUAUGUUUCCCGCAAAGAUGAGGGAGAUAAAAUCAUUGUGUUCGAAAGAGGGGAUCUGGUUUUUGUUUUCAACUUCCAUUGGAGUAACAGCUAUUCCGACUACCGAGUGGGGUGCCUAAAGCCUGGGAAAUACAAGAUUGUCUUGGACUCGGAUGAUCCACUGUUUGGAGGGUUCAAUCGGCUUGAUCAUUCUGCCGAAUACUUUACAUUUGAUGGAAACUAUGACAACAGGCCUCGUUCUUUCCUGGUAUACACUCCUUCCAGGACGGCCGUGGUCUAUGCUCUUGCACCAGAUGAUUCUGAGCUUGUAAAGAGUGAAACCGAAGACGAAAAUGAAGCUGAAACUUCGUGAGUAGAUGUUUUUGCUGUUUUUAUUUAAUUCAUAUUUAUUUAAUAGAGCUUGUAUAUAAACUCUUUCUGGGUCAUGGUUAAUCUAUAAGGAUAAAUGCUAUAGAUUGGCCAUGAAAUAAUGAAUGCCUGUGAAAGUAGAGCACAGCGAGUUUUCCCAAGCUCUUAAUAAUGCUCUUUUCCUUGUAAUAUUAUUAUUAUCACAUUGAUGGAUUCGAGUCUUACAACUUCUUUCUUUC